AUGGGGGCUUAUCUGUCUCAACCAAACAUUUGCAAGACUUCUUCCGAUGGCGGCAACAACAAAUUGGGCUACGGCUUCUCUGCUAUGCAAGGCUGGCGUGUAUCGAUGGAGGAUGCUCACAACUGCAUUCCAGAGUUUGAUGAAGACACUUCUAUGUUCUCUGUAUAUGAUGGACAUGGAGGUGAAGAGGUGGCCUUGUAUUGUUCAAAGUAUCUCCCAGAUAUUAUCAAGGAGCAAAAAGCUUACAAAGAUGGAAAAUUACAAAAAGCUCUUGAAGAAGCUUUUCUAGCUAUUGACAGUCGAAUAACCACAGAAGAAGUUAUCAAGGAACUUGUGCAGAUUGCUGGACGACCAAUUGAAGAGCCACCCACUGAGAAAGUUGCAGAAGAAGAUGACCUUGACAGAGAGGAGGCAGCUCUACUCCAUGAGGAGGCCACCAUGACCAUUGAGGAUUUACUUGUGCGAUACGGACAGAACCGCAAUGCUGUUAAACAUGCUGUUAGUGCUGAAGCUAAAAAAGCAAGUGCUGCUGCUUCCUCUGUAGACGAAGCAGGUGACUGUGAGGAGAAGGAAGGUGUUAAUGGAGAAGUGGAAGAGAAGGAAAGCGGUGUGAAAAGCGCUGAAGGCUGUGGAAAGGCAUGUGGGUCUAAAGUACGAGCCUGUCGAAGAGUAGCAAGUGCAGGAAGUGAUUCAGAUGGAGCUGGUGGUAGCUCUAAUGGCGAUGAGAAAGCUGGUAAGACGGAAGGCGACGCAGGCCCUUCAUGCUCAUCUUUGACAUCCAAGAGUGACGCAAAGUCCAGAUUUUUUGAAGAUAGUGAGGAAUCUGGAGAGGAGGAAGAGGGCAGUGAUGAAGAGGACGGAAGUGAGGAUGGAGAAAGCAGUGAGGCAGAAGAGGAGGAGGAGGAGGAGGAUACAGAGGAGGGAGAGGAAGACUCUGAGGACGAGGAUGAAGAAGAGAUGUGUUUACCAGGCAUGGAUGGCAAAGAGGAGCCCGGCUCGGACAGUGGAACCACAGCUGUCGUUGCGCUCAUCAGAGGAAAGCAGCUGAUUGUAGCUAACGCAGGAGACUCUCGCUGUGUGGUUUCUGAGAACGGAAAAGCUAUAGAUAUGUCGUACGACCAUAAGCCAGAGGACGAGCUGGAAUUGGCUCGAAUUAAAAAUGCUGGGGGAAAGGUAACCAUGGAUGGAAGAGUGAAUGGGGGUCUCAACUUGUCCAGAGCCAUUGGUGAUCACUUUUACAAAAGAAACAAGACGUUGCCUCCAGAGGAGCAGAUGAUCUCUGCGAUGCCGGACAUAAAGGUCUUGACUCUCAACGAGGAGCAUGACUUCAUGGUCAUUGCCUGUGAUGGAAUUUGGAAUGUGUUGAGUAGUCAGGAAGUUGUUGAUUUCGUAAGUGAAAGGAUAAAACCUGGCCAGAGUGGUAAAACAAGAUCUUUGUCAUCAAUAGUUGAAGAGCUCUUGGAUCAUUGUUUGGCCCCUGAUACAUCUGGAGAUGGGACUGGAUGUGACAACAUGACCUGCAUGAUAGUUACCUUCAAACCACACUCCUCUCCUGUGCAGAGUGACUCGGACGAAACUAAAAAGAGGAAGCUCCAGGUGGAGUCAGGAGACUGUGUUCCAGAGAAGAACGGGAAUGACAGUAAAAAAUCUAAGAGCGACUAA